CUGCCAAUUUUCGAGCUUUUCACAUCGCCAAGGUGAUUGUGCAUCCCUUACGCACAUAACGUUAUACAAAUUUGGUGAAUUCCAUCGUCAGCGUCGACAGGAGCAGGCCCUCGAAGGCCAGGAACUAGCACCUCCACCUCCGCUCCAUGGUCAUAUCAUUCCUCCACCUCUGAAUCUACAUGGUCCUCCCAUGCCUCCGCAUCCACACGGUCUUCCAUUUCCAGGGUCUCAUAUCCCUGGUCCUACUAUGCAUCACUUGUUUCAUCCAGCUCCAUAUAUGCACUCGCCGUACAUUGGUGGAUAUCCCUAUGGGCCAUUGCCCUAUUAUCCAGCUAUGCAGGGUCACGCACAACCCCAAGCAGCAAUUGUUCCACCUACUGGCGAGGUACCUUCAGCAUCUUCGUCUUCCGGUACGACAACUUCUCAUGCUGUAUCCCUGUCCGACUUUUGCACCAAGUAUCGUGUUUCUACCAGUGAUCAAGCGAAGCUCGCGGCUCUCGAAUACCAGCCUGGAAACAGAGCUGUUGAGACGCUCGAUGAGAAGGAAUGGCGGGAAGUAGGUCAAUUUACGAGACUUGGCUGGCAAGCCUUCCUCAUAACGCCAUAAAGUCGGGCACUUGGUCCAAAUGAUUCUGUAGUUUUUGCAUCACCAUUCAACAGGCUAUCCUGUCAUUC